AACUGCUGCAGUGUUUCACUGGUUCUGCCCCGGCGUGGACAUCCUGAGAAGAAGUGUUUCUGCGCGCUAAACGGCUAAAGACCUCGUGCUGUAAAGCUAGUUGUUCAAGAAAUAAAAUUUAUUUCAAGCUGCUCAGAAUUGACUUUAACAAUGUAUAAUGAAUUUGUAGAUGAGUUUGAAAACUACCCUGAGGACUACCAAUAUGACCGAGGUCUGUCGGUUCCUGAGGAGGGCAGUAGCAUCACCUACAGCAUCCCAGAGGAUGUCAAGAAGUACAUCUUGUACUUCCGGGACAUUAUCAGGGAUGGAAGUGCUUAUGAGAUUCCUGUACUCUAUUCUGAGUUUGGGCGUCUCACAGAACUUUACUACAUGAACCAGAGCUGGCCUGAGCUUAGUGAUUUGUAUGCUAACAAGCUCAUUGAAGAGAAGGAAGAUGAGACCUUUCUGAUCCUCUACCAAGAACUCUUCUAUCGACACAUUUAUGCUCAAGUUCCCGGUGGACCAACUCUUGAGCACAGAUUUGAGUCUUAUUUCAACUACUGCAAGUUCUUCAACUUUAUCCUGAGUGCGGAGACUCCCAUAAAGUUGGAGCUACCCAACCAAUGGUUAUGGGAAAUCAUUGACGAGUUCAUUUACCAGUUCCAGGCAUUCUCGCAGUUCCGUUCCAAACUGCAAAAGAAAACUGAAAGUGAACUGGAGCUACUGCGUGAAAAUCCCAAGAUCUGGAAUGUUCACUCGGUUCUCAACGUCCUUCAUUGCGUCAUUGACAAGAGUAACAUCAAUCAGCAGCUAGAGGUGUACACGAGUGGUGGCGACCCAGAUACUGUUGCUGGAGAGUUCGGACGCCACUCUCUGUACAAGAUGCUUGGAUACUUCAGUCUUGUGGGACUCCUGCGUCUCCACUCGCUGCUGGGCGAUUACUACCAGGCCUUGAAGGUACUUGAGAACAUUGAACUGAACAAGAAGUCGAUGUAUUCCCGAGUAGCUGCUUGCCAGAUCACCACAUACUACUACGUGGGAUUUGCUUACAUGAUGAUGAGGCGCUAUGCUGACGCCAUCAGGACAUUCUCCAACAUUCUCGUGUACAUCCAGCGCACACGAACCAUGUUCCAGUCAAGGACCUACCAGAAUGAUCAAAUCAACAAGCAGACGGAACAGAUGUACACGCUGCUGGCGAUCUGCCUUGUGUUGCAUCCGCAGCGCAUUGAUGAGGCCAUUCAGUCGACGCUGAGAGAGAAGGCUCUAGCUGAGAAGAUUGCCAGGAUGACUCGUGGCGACAUAAACGAGUUCAGCAACUGCUUCACUUACGCUUGCCCCAAGUUCCUGUCUCCUGUGCCCCCUGCUGCAGAUGCUGUGCCCGCCGACUACCAUAAGGAGCCUCUCCAGCAGCAGCUCAAGGUGUUCUUGGAUGAAGUGCAGCAGCAGAUGCAGAUCAGCGUGAUGCGUUCUUAUCUGAAACUCUACACGACGAUGCCAGUGGAGAAAGCAGCCGCCUUCACGGGCAUGAGUAACCAAGACUUCUGCAACUCUCUGCUGUGCUUCAAGCACAAGAUGAUGAACGUCGUUUGGACCAAAGGCACUUCAGGGCUCAACGGUGACUUCCAGAGUGACUCUGAAGUGGAUUUCUACAUCGACAAACAAAUGAUUCACAUCGCUGACACCAAGGUGGCUCAGCGCUACGGCGACUUCUUCAUUCGCCAGAUCCACAAGCUCGAAGAAGUCAGCAGAGGUCUUGCUAAAGUCAAGAUCUAAAAUAAAACAUCCCCAUUGAUCACCGUCAAAUUUACACUGCAAACAAUAAAUCUUUUGAAUUCGGGCAAGGUUGAUUUGUUCUUGCGAUUUACAUAAUUAUUAGAUUGUUGAUUGGGAAGAUGGUUGUCUAAAGCCAUAGGAAAAGCAAUACGUCGAUGAACACUUUUCGCUUCAUAGAUAAUGUAUUGUGAAUGAAAUUUAGUUAUAGAUUUAAAUUCCACAGUAAAGUAUUCUCGUGCAGCAUUGGAUAAAAAAGAAUUAGAAGUUUUUAAAUCAUGUAAUAGGGUUAUCAAGGAUUAUCCUGCUGAAUGCGUUCCUUUGCUAACCUUUAUUAUCCUGCCGAACGUAAAAAUAACAAUAAAUGCCCGGCGCCUUGUAAGACGAUAAAUUUCCGGUGUGGCUUUGGUGACAAAAUAGU